GAAAAUGGCGGAAAGGAGUUCGAGAAAAACGUCGAGAAACAUCUGUUGGAAUGCCUGAAUUUUGGUUGUCUUAGGGAAGAAAAUUCAAGUUUCAAGAUGCGUAGAGGGCCAGGAGGAGUUGGUGCAAUAAACAGGCAACGUCUUGCGAGGGAAAAGUAUGCCACGAAGGGAACGGAAAUAGCAGACAUCCAGCUAUCACAAAUGGGAAAACAGCUGGAUUCCUUCAAGUCAUCUCUUGAAGACUUUGCAGGAAAGUACAAACAGGAAAUCAAGAAGAACCCAGAGUUUAGAGGUCACUUUCAACAGAUGUGUGCUCGCAUUGGUGUCGACCCACUGGCAUCGAGCAAAGGUUUCUGGGCAGAGCUACUCGGUGUGGGAGACUUUUACUAUGAGCUUGGUGUUCAAAUUGUUGAGAUCUGCAUGGCAACAAGGCCACGAAAUGGAGGUUUGAUGGCACUGGACGAAUUGCACAAAAAAGUCCUGAAAACGAGCAAAUCCAGACAAGAUGUAUCUGAAGAUGACUUGGCACGUGCAAUAAAAAAACUUCAUGUGAUGGGCAGUGGUUUUCAAAUUCUACCAGUUGGUAACAAACGGCUGGUCCAGUCAGUGCCGGGAGAACUGAGCAUGGAUCAUGCUGCAGCACUUCAGCUGGCUCAGGGCAAUGGGUACACAUCAGUUUCAGCCAUCAUGAAGGAUUUAGGAUGGGAAGCUGAUCGUACAAAGCGAAUCUUGGAUCACAUGGUUCAUGAAGAGAUGGCCUGGGUUGAUGACCAAGCACCCAGUGAAAGAUUAUACUGGUUCCCAGGCCUCUUCCCAGAAACCUGACAAGCCUUGGAAUCAAAAAUACGAAGAGAAGAUAAUAUUGUCUGCAUGCAGAAAGUGAUUGCAGGAAGAAAUGCUACUGUAGGCUGACAAAGCUGAAGAAUCCACAAGUUAAUACUUGUUACUAAAAGCUGUCAAACUAUCUUCGAGAAGUUGGCUAAAUGGUGUUAAGACAUAGACAGUGAUGUACAGAUGCUUCAUUAGGGAGCUUAAGAAUACUAUGACAGCAACACCCAAGAGGACAUCGUUAAAAAAGAUUAGAUAAGCAAAACAAUCCCUAUGUUCAAGUUUUGACAUGUCGUAGCCACACUCCACAAAACAAAAAUGUGAUAUGUCCAAAUUCUGAAUAUUUUUGAGAAUUUUUAUGAGCCAUGUUGGCCAAUGUUUUGUAUUUCCUUUUGGCAUUUACUACUGGCAUUACAUGUUUUGUUUGAGCAA